AAAAAAAAUUUGAACUUUUCUUGCCCCAAUAAAAAGUUGCAGAAAUAGUUACCUACACACAACCUUUUUGCUAAGGCACUAAAAAAGAGAAAGAAACUAAACUGGCUAGCCAGCCAGGCCAGCCAAGCCCACCAUCUCCACUCUCCUACAACAAUGACACAGAGCAAUAGCAGAAUUAGCAAAUACCAUUCAUUGGGUACCUAGAGAAAAAGGGGUGAGGGAGAGAAAGGUGUAUGUACAGAAGGAGAGAGGAAAUGAGAACAUGCCUUGUCGGCCAUUGAAGCUUCAAAGGAAGAGCUAAAGCUCGUCUCUUUUGAAUUGCUUUAAGUUUGUUUCAGUAUCUCGAUAAGAAACCCAAAAAAAUCUCCCUUUUUUGGUUCGUUGCACUUUUGGUUGUUUGUUUUGUUUCUCAAAAGCAAAAAAGGCAAGAUAGAGAUAGAGAGAGUUUUUUCUUUUUGUCCAAAAUCUUGGGCCUGUAGAUCCAAAGAUCCCCGCCAUUUGUGGCAAAAGGUGAACUGGGUUCGCUUUGGUUUUCUCUGUCGAUUCAUGAAUUCCUCGGUUUCUUUAUCUUUGUGGUCUCAAGGAGUUACAGCGAAGUGGUGCAGUUGUUGCUUUUACUAUCUCUUCUUUGACGAGUGAUUGAUUAUUUGGCUCAAACAGGUGUCUCAAACUGAGGGAUAAUAAAAUGUCUUCACAUAUCAAAUCAAGGAGAAAUUUUGAAGUGGGAUUUACAGGAUUUUGGCUUGCUACCCUGCUAUUGUUUUCUACUUCUGAGGGAUUGAAUUCUGAGGGGAAAUACCUCCUAGAUCUAAAGAAUGGUCUUAAUGACGAACGUGAUCAUCUGUGGAACUGGAAUUCCACUGACCAGACGCCAUGUGGGUGGAUUGGUGUGAAUUGUACCUCAGAUUAUGAACCCGUGGUCCAGUCUCUCAAUUUAAGUUCAAUGAAUCUAUCUGGGUUUUUGAGUCCCAGCAUUGGUGGUUUGGUCAACCUAAGAUAUCUUGAUCUUUCUUAUAAUAUGCUCACUGGAUAUAUACCUAACUCAAUUGGAAAUUGUUCAAAGCUGCAGUACCUUUAUCUGAACAAUAAUCAGUUUAGUGGGCAAGUUCCUGCUGAGCUGGGUAAUUUGACUUUUCUUCAACGUCUGAAUAUAUGCAAUAAUAGAAUAUCUGGUUGUCUUCCAGAGGAGUUUGGGAAUUUGAUAUCAUUGAUUGAGGUUGUGGCUUACACCAACAAUCUGACUGGCCCAUUGCCUCAUUCUAUUGGGAAUCUCAAGAACUUGCAAACUUUUCGUGCAGGGCAGAAUGGAAUUUCUGGUAGCAUUCCAUCAGAAAUAAGUGGUUGUCAGAGCUUACAACUGCUUGGUCUUGCUCAAAAUGCUAUAGGAGGGGAACUGCCGAAAGAAAUUGGAAUGCUUGGGAGCUUGACUGAUUUAAUUCUAUGGGGUAACCAACUAUCAGGAUUUAUACCAAAGGAGAUUGGAAACUGUACGAACCUUGAGACACUUGCUUUAUAUGCAAACAAUCUUGUCGGAUCGAUACCAAGGGAAAUUGGGAACCUGAAGUUUCUGAAGAAGCUCUAUCUGUACAGAAAUGAGCUGAAUGGAACAAUACCAAGAGAACUUGGGAAUUUGUCUAUGGCAACAGAAAUUGAUUUCUCGGAGAAUUAUUUGACAGGGGAGAUCCCUGCUGAGUUCAGUAAGAUAAAGGGUCUGCAUCUUCUGUACCUUUUCCAGAAUCAGCUUACUGGUUAUAUACCAAAUGAGCUUGGUAGCUUGAGGAACUUGACAAAGCUUGAUCUUUCUAUUAAUUCUCUCAGAGGUCCUAUUCCUUCUGGCUUUCAAUACUUGACAGAAAUGCUUCAACUGCAGCUUUUUGACAACUUCCUGACUGGUGUUGUUCCUCAGGGGCUUGGACUUUAUAGUCGACUUUGGGUGGUGGAUUUUUCAGACAAUGAAUUGACAGGAAGAAUACCUCCUCAUUUUUGUCGUCACUCUAACUUGAUGUUGCUGAAUCUGGAAUCUAAUAAAUUUUAUGGGAAUAUACCAAAUGGGAUCUUGAACUGUAGAUCAUUGGUACAACUUCGUCUUGUCAAAAACAGGCUUACUGGGAGCUUUCCUUCAGAGUUGUGCAAAUUGGUGAAUCUUUCAGCUAUUGAAUUGGAUCAAAACAGAUUUAGUGGUCCAAUUCCUCCGGCCAUCGGCAACUGCCAAAAGUUGCAGAGGCUUCAUAUUGCAAACAAUUACUUUGCAAGUGAGUUGCCCAAGGAGAUAGGUAAUCUAUCUCAACUUGUGACUUUUAAUGUGUCAUCUAAUUUGCUCGAAGGACAGAUUCCUUCUGAAAUUGUUAACUGCAAGAUGCUUCAACGACUUGAUCUCAGUCACAAUAGAUUCGUAGAUGCUUUACCGGAUGAGCUUGGAAUCCUUCUGCAGUUAGAGCUUCUCAAGCUUUCAGAAAAUAAAUUUUCUGGUUUUAUACCUCCAGCAUUGGGAAACCUCUCCCGCUUGACUGAAUUGCAGAUGGGUGGAAACUUAUUUUCAGGUGAAAUUCCUCCACAGUUGGGUUCUCUUUCAAGCUUGCAGAUUGCAAUGAAUCUCAGUUACAAUAAUCUUACUGGCAGCAUACCACCACAGCUGGGCAAUCUCAACUUGUUGGAGUUCCUCCUGCUCAAUAAUAAUCAUUUGACUGGUGAAAUUCCUGGCACGUUUGAAAAUCUUUCAAGUUUACUGGGCUGCAACUUUUCAUAUAAUAACCUUACUGGACCAUUACCUCCUGUACCACUAUUUCAGAACAUGGCAGUCAGCAGUUUCCUUGGAAAUAAUGGGCUUUGUGGUGGACUUCUUGGCUAUUGUAAUGGAGAACCAUUUUUUGGCCCUCCUUCAAAAAGCAUAGAUGAACCCAGGGGUAGAAUCAUCACAAUUGUUGCAGCUGCUGUUGGUGGAGUUUCUCUAAUUCUAAUUGCAGUAAUACUGUAUUUCAUGAGACGCCCAGCUGAGACCAUUCCUUCUGUACGUGAUAAUGAGAGUUCAUCUCCAGAAUCAGAUAUCUACUUUCGUCCAAAGGAGGGAUUUACUUUACAAGAUUUGGUUGAGGCCACAAACAAUUUUCACGAUAGCUAUGUUGUUGGACGAGGAGCUUGUGGAACGGUUUAUAAGGCCGUCAUGCAUACUGGACAAACCAUAGCUGUGAAAAAGCUAGCAUCUAACAGAGAGGGGAGCAACAUUGAGAACAGUUUUCAGGCUGAGAUUCUUACUCUUGGAAAGAUUAGGCACCGGAACAUUGUGAAGCUUUAUGGAUUUUGCUAUCAUCAGGGUUCUAAUCUGCUUCUUUAUGAGUACAUGGCUAAGGGCAGCUUGGGUGAACUGCUUCACGGAUCCUCGUGUAGCUUGGACUGGCCAACUCGGUUCAUGAUUGCUCUUGGAGCUGCUGAAGGUCUUGCUUAUUUACAUCAUGACUGCAAACCAAGGAUUAUUCACCGUGAUAUAAAGUCCAACAACAUUUUACUUGAUGAUAAUUUUGAAGCCCAUGUUGGUGAUUUUGGUUUGGCAAAAGUAAUUGACAUGCCUCAGUCUAAAUCAAUGUCAGCAGUUGCAGGGUCAUAUGGGUAUAUUGCACCUGAAUAUGCUUACACAAUGAAAGUAACGGAAAAAUGUGAUAUCUAUAGCUAUGGAGUUGUUCUCUUGGAGUUGCUAACUGGGAAAACUCCUGUACAGCCGGUAGAUCAAGGAGGUGAUCUUGUCACAUGGGUGAAGGAUUAUGUUCGAGACCAUUCAUUGACAUCUGGGAUUCUUGAUAGUAGAUUAGACCUCAAAGAUCAAAGUAUCAUUGAUCAUAUGAUUACCAUACUGAAAAUCGCUUUAAUGUGUACGAGCAUGUCGCCUUUUGACCGGCCAUCAAUGCGGGAAGUUGUAUUGAUGCUUACCGAGUCUAAUGAGCAAGAAGAGAACUUUAUUCUCUUGCCUACUUAUGAUCUUCCUGUUAAAGACGAUGCUUCAUGAAAACAGGUGACCAUUUCCCAGUUUCUGUUAAUUGAUUUUUGGGGUUAUGACUCCUUUCCAUAUUAUUUGCAACUGCAAAUAAUGAUAUCUUGUACAUUCUUCGAUAAGCAAAUAGCAUUACUGGAUUCGAGUUACUCAUGGGGGAGUAAGACCAUUGUUGCUCCCACAUUCUGUAUUUCCUCUUGCAAUUAAUACAAUAUAGCAACACUACUGUACAGAUGGAAGUACCAUUAUACAUGUUUCUUAAAGAUACAGAUGCUGUCAACGCUCAAUAGAUUCUAGUCGAUGUUAUUUUGUUCAGUUAGCUGAUUCUCAUAAAUCUGGAACAUUUGUACACCUAAUAAUAUACAAAUUUAAAAUACUUUGCCAUUGAUAUUAGCAUGAUUUUGGCUCCGCUGCAAUUGCCAUGCAGCUUAUGAAUUGUGAAACAGGUGAUUCUUUGGAAAUUGUUUUGUAAUUUGAUACA